AUGUCUAAACCUUUCAACUUCCACAUCCCCUCCUCCAACAGCGUCUUCGGUUUCAGCCCGGACAAGAGCCGGGAACCGCUCCUCCCUUCCACCCCCGACCGGCAAAAGAGCAACAAGACCAACCUGUUCCAGCAAACAACGACGAGCAACCGCUCCACGACCCCGGCCGGACCCCCGCCCCGGGGAGGGCGGGCGGACGACCAGCAAGAUGACGACCAUGACCUGUCGACGGCGAGCUUCACCCCGGCCGGCGCGCCGUCAGCCAGCUACCUGGGGAGCUCCAUCCUGAAGGGCAUCUCGUCGACCGCGAAGGACGCGCCCGCGAGGGGCCUGUUCACCUCCGGGGUGAGCGGCGCCGGGAAGGGUUCCGCGUCGCCCAAGGGGCUGUUCACCGGCGGCGGUGCGGGCGCCGGCAAGAAGGAGGAGGAGGAGGAGGAGGAGGAGGAAGAGCCACCAAGGGGCCUGUUCACAGGGAUCGGAGGUGGGUUCGACACCGCUGGCGGGUUUACCGGCACCGGGGACGUUAAGAAGAAGAAGAACCUAUUCUCCGGGAUCGGGCUGGGCGGCGCGCAGCAGAGGCGGAACACCCCGCUGGGCAGGUCGAUCCGCGGGCCGGGCCACGCGAGACAGCCGUCGCGCCUGAGCCGGGCCGUCGGGGUGGACGAGCAGGACGGCGAGAGCCCGAAGCGGACGACCGCCCACGGCCAGGGCAAGACGUUUGGGGUGCCGUUUGAUGACGACGAUGACGACGAGGAGGAGGAGGGUGAUAUGUGGCUGGAUAUGCCGUCGACUGCCGAGACCGGGGCGGACCAGCCGGCGGCUGGGGAGGUGUCGGAUCUGUUGAUGCUGGCAACGCCCGCGGCUACGGAGCGGGUGCGGCGCGAGGCCGAAGACAUAUUCCGCGCGUCGUCGUUCCGGGCCGGCGGGGCCGCGCGGAGGAGUGAGUACCGCUACGCGGCGCUCGCCAAAGACGCGUAUCAGCAGAUGGGCACUGCGCCGGUCACGGAGCCGCCGCAGGUCAUUCUGGGGACGGAGGAUCUGCUGUCGAGGCUGUACGACGAAGGGGUGGGCGAAGCGGAGGACGAGCAAAAGAUGGAUGACACCCUCGCGACGGCCGCGGCGCAGCUGGCUGCUCUCUGGAGGGAACACGUCGACGAGCUCCCGCGCCCGACCGAGGACCAUGCCGCCGAGAUAGGGCCCGGCCCGCACGCGACCCCGUUCGAGAAGGCCAACUACCUCGCCAACCUGGCGCUGCAGAUCCACCACACCCGGUACGAGGAGGGCGGCCUGAUCCGCGCGGAACCGCUCCCUCAGACCCUGUUCCGCUGGCUGAACGAGUACCACGACAUGUACGGCAGCCAGGUUGACGACAUCCUCCGGCACCGGCCCAGCCCGGCAUGCCACUCGCUCUUCUGGCAGGCCGUCUUCAUCGCCCUGCUGCGCGGAAAGGUCGGCGAUGCCGCGAGGCUGCUCGACCAGGCCGGUUGGGGCCACGUGCGGCGCGGCCAGCGCGGGGAGUACGCCUACGUCGGCCAGGCCUUGGAGAACGUGCAGCGCGCCGUCGACGAGACGAUCGCGGUGCUGGAGAGCUGCCCCGGCUUCGACGGCAACUGGGAGAUCUGGAGCAGCGACUGGACCCUCUUCCGCGUGCGAGCCCGGGGAUUGCUCGAGCACCUCAGACGCUUCGCCGAGGGCAAGGACAGCGCGUUUGGCGCAUCGGCCUUUUCGGCAUCUGCCGCCUCGGCUCAGAGCAGGCAGUCCAUGGCCGGCCUGGCCAGGCGCGCCGAGAGCCAAGUGCCAUGGGAGAUCUACGAGAACCUGAACAUUGUCUUUGACAUUGUCCUCGGGCAGCAGGGCGCCAUCCUGGAAGCGGCGCAGGACUGGCUAGAGGCCACGGUCGGCCUGUUCGGCUGGUGGGACGAGCGGGCAUCCCGAACGGAGAAGCCCCUCUCCACGUCCCAGUCCCUGUCGCGGUCGCAGGCUCUGGUCCUCGCUUCGGCGCCUGCCAACUCGGAGAGCUAUCUCGACCGGCUUGCGCGCGCCUUCCAUACGGCGGUAGAAUCCGACUUCCACUUCAACUCGCAGAACGCGGUCGAAAUCGGCAUGGCCUGCGUCUUCGAGGACAACAUCAAGGGCGUCAUCGGCCUGCUCCGGGGCUGGUCGCUGCCCAUCGCCGCCGCCGUGGCCGAGAUUGCGUCUCUGGGCAAAUGGCUGCCGCCUCACCGGCCUUCCGGGGUGUACGGACUGGAGGACCUGGACAUGGACGACCUGGAGGUGCUCGGCAUGGAUCCGGGCGCCCCGGACGAGGUCGACGGCAUCAAGGACAGCACGCUGGUCCAAUAUGCCCAGGCGCUGGCUGACUACGAGGGCCUGUCUUCGGUCCAGGACAGGUCGGGCACUUCGAAGGACGGCUGGGAGCUCUCGAUCAGCGUCCUCGGCCGCAUGGACUCGCCGGAGCGGUCCGAAGAGAUGGUGAGAGACCUGGUGGAGCAUCUGGUGCAGCAGCUGCACGUGGACUCGAAUGCGACGGUGGACCGGUUGUGGUUCUUGUUGAAUGAGCUCGGCAUGAUCGAGUUUGCCGAGGAUACGACAGAGACCUACGGAGACAUCCUCGCCCGGGAUUCCCACCGCUACGGCGAGGCCAUGUGGUACUACGCCCUCGCCCACCGACCAAACAAGGUCCGCGAGGUCAUGAACCUGCUCACCUCGUACUCCCUCAUCCAGUCGACGGCGUUCCCGCCGGCCAACGACCUGGACGACUACCUCUACAAGCUGCUGAACGACCGCAAGAACACGCUGGAGCAGUGCGCCAGCCAGGACAUGGAGGCCGCCGAGCUCCUCGGCAAGAUGCUGAGCGGCUACGCCUCGCUCCGGCAGUUCUACGACAUCCGCGACAACGAGGACGCGCUGCCCCACGCCACCCCGCUGUCCCGCCGCAAGCAGGCGGCGACGGCGCUCAUCAGCGUCAUUGCCAGCUCGGACGACAACAUCCGCGGGGGGUUGUACGACCAGACGCGCGACGGCAUCGUCAGCGAGGACUUCUUGCUGGCCCUGCUCGGCGAGGCCCUCGUGUUCGUCUCGGACCCGGACAACACCAACGUGCACCACGGCCAGCUGGCCACGCCGGUCAUCACGCUCGACCAGAUCGACGUCCUCCUCAAGGCCAUCGAGGACCUGCAGGCCGUCGGCAGCCGGGUGUACAACGCGUGCGACGAGUUCCUGCAGCUGGUCCUGGCGUCGGCGCCGGGCGGGCUCAAGGGGAGCACGCCGGCGGACCUGCUCAAGAAGAGCGCGGGGCCGGGGCCCGGCGGGUCCGGCAACGCCAUGCUGGCGGGCAGUUCGCUCGUCGCGAGCCAGCUGCAGCGGUCGCUGAGCGGGACCGGCGGCGGGCUCGGCAAGGUGGCGGUCAAGAGGAGGGGGUGGGACUGGCGGUCCGAGGUGACGGCCAAGACCAAAGGGGAGGACAUCAUGAGGAGGUUGCGGCUGGGACUGGCCAAGGACUUGGCGGGCUUGUGGCUGGCCGAGGCGGAUGAGAUGGUUUGGUAG